UUGAGCGCAAGAGAGCGAGCAAAAGCAGAAACAGUUCUGACUACAGGAUCAGAGCUCUGUAAACGCUGGAUAAUCAAUUGCCAAUCCACUCCACAUACCUCGAGGGAAUUCAUUAGCGUCUGAUUUCUCAUCUGAUUCAGCAGGAUCUGUUUUCUUUUUCUUUCCUCUACCACUGAAGAUCAGUUUGUUGGGAAACAUAGCCUGAAAGACGAGUUUCUGAGGAUCCUCUGGAGUAGACAGCUUGUACAGUCAUAUGGAGACUGAGUGGAGCAGGCUUGCUGUUCGAAGAAAUUUGUUUUCACAUGUAAGGUCAGUGCUGUGAACUGGCCUCAUCCUCCUCUGCAGCACAGAAUCACUCCCAACUCUGUGUCCACCCCCCUACCCUCUUAAAGUCUACUGAGGAGCACAGAAUCUGAGCUACAGGAAAAGAGGAGAGAAAAAGGAGAGAAAAAUAAACAUUUAGAGGAAAGAAGUUCUUCAUGAGUUCUACAAAGUCCCAGCAGGUGAAACAAGCUCACUGAGAGACAUGAGGAGAGCAGUAAACAUGGUUCGGCUAUUCCCUCUCCUGGCCCUCUCUCUCCUACAGGCGAACUUUGCCCGAACGUCCGUCCUGGAAGAUGACGUCACCCCUCGUCUCAGCUUCUCGCACGAUUCGAUAGAGAGGUCACUCAAGAGGUUUUCAGCCGAUGGAAUCUUCAAUUACACUUCUCUGCUCCUCAGCAAGGAAGAUAACAUGCUUUACGUUGGAGCAAGAGAAGCCCUCUUUGCACUCAACCUCACUGAUAUUGGCAAAGUCAAGCUGCAGCGCAAUUUGACGUGGGGCACAUCAGACAGAAAACGUGCGGAGUGCAGUUUUAAAGGAAAAGAUUUGCAGACUGAUUGCUUCAAUUACAUAAAGAUUCUACUGCGUGUGAAUGCCACUCAUCUUUAUGUGUGUGGAACAUAUGCUUUCAGUCCCAUUUGCACAUACAUUAACACAGCAGAUUUCACUCUAGUUCGCACCGAGACAGGAGAGAUAGUGACAGAGGAUGGCCGAGGCAGAUGUCCUUUCAACCCCGAGUACAAAUCCACCGCCAUCAUGGCUGAUGGUGAGCUUUAUGCUGGCACGGUCAGUAAUUUCCAAGGGAACGAACCAAUCAUUUACAAGAGUCUUGGCCCAGGCACUGCCCUAAAGACAGAGAAUUCACUGAACUGGCUUCAAGACCCUGCUUUUGUCGGCUCUGCCUACAUCCAAGAGAGUUUACCAAAAGGAAACCUCUUGGGAGAUGAUGACAAGAUCUACUUCUUCUUCAGCGAAGCGGGGAAGGAAUUUGAUUUCUUUGACAACACAAUCGUGUCUCGUAUCGCUCGCGUAUGCAAGGGGGAUAAAGGGGGAGAGCGAGUUUUGCAGAAGAAAUGGACUACAUUCCUGAAGGCCCAGCUACUAUGCUCCCUGCCAGACGACGGUUUUCCUUUCAACAUCAUCCAAGACAUGUUUGUCUUAACACCCAACAAAGAAGACUGGAAAAGCACCAUCUUCUACGGUGUCUUUACCCCUCAGUGGUACAACGGAGCCUUUGGGAGUUCCGCAGUGUGCGCCUUUACCAUGGAUCAGGUGGAGGCAGCCUUUAACGGGAGGUACCGUGAGGUGAAUCGGGAGAACCAGCAGUGGUACACUUAUAACCAUCCCGUUCCAGAACCUCGACCUGGAGCGUGCAUCACAAGUGCUGCCAGACAACAGGGUAUCACUUCCUCCUUACACAUGCCCGAUAAGGUGCUGAACUUUGUGAAGGACCACUUUCUGAUGGACAGCGUGAUCCGUAGCCAGCCCAUACUGCUCAAACGCAACAUCCGCUACACUCAGAUCGCCGUUCACCGAGCCCAGGGCGUCCGCAGGGCAUAUGACGUGCUCUUCAUCGGGACAGACAACGGAAUGCUUCACAAAGCCAUCAACGUCAAAGGCAAGAUGCACAUCAUCGAACAGAUUGACCUUUUCAGCGAUUACCAGCCAGUCCAGCAUAUGGAACUGGACGCUGACAAGGGCCUGCUUUAUGUGUCUUCUUACUUUGGGCUUGUGGAGGUCCCUGUGGCUAAUUGUUCCAACUACCCAAGCUGUGGUGAGUGUGUCUUAUCCAGAGACCCCUACUGUGCCUGGAAUGAAAGACAAUGCCUUGAUGUCAGACAAGCCCCACCCCACAGCAAAUUGCUACAAGAUGUGGAAGAUGCCAACACAGCAGCCUUGUGCAACAAGACAGUGGCCAGCCCUCGCUCUGCAAGACCCCCAUCCACACGAGGAUUUCCCUGCCAGAUGGUCGUCAUUCCUGCCAACACGUUUAAAGAGCUGCCCUGCAUUCUGCGCUCCAACCUGGCACAUAAGAAAUGGGAGUACAGUGCGAGUGCAGGGCGAUUCCUAUACCACAGCCAUGACGGGGAUUUUGUUGUGGUAGCCCACGAGGACAGAGUUGAGACUUACGAGUGCUGGUCUGUGGAGGAGGGUUUCCGACAGCUUCUGGCCAAUUACUGCGUGAAGGCAGAAAUCCGUCACGAGAGCACCACCUUCACUGGCCACUCACGCAUGGCCAUGGUGCCUCAAGAGGAACCCAUAAUCCUUCCUGGCGAAGCGCGUUCGCCACAGACCGAAACCAAAACCUACUGGAACGAACUGAUCGGGAUGUGUGCCAUGCUGGGUCUCUUCCUUUUGGUCGUCCUUCUGUGUGUAGUUUACAAGAAUCGAGACAGGAUGAAGUCGAUGCUGAAGGAGGGAGAGUGCCCCAACAUGCAACAGAAGAAGCAGCGAAUAGCGGUGAAGCCGGGGGAAAGUUUGCCUCUGAAUGGAAACACCAUUCCGCCAUCAGUGUCCGACCACAAAGGUUACCAAACACUAAAUGACAACUACAUCUGCAGUACGCCCACUCAUGAAUGUUCCUCACCAGAGAACAGUAAGAGCUUUUCUGAGUCGGAGAGGAGGCCACUGAACUUGAAGGAGAGCCACGUAGAAAUCUCGCCCACCUGCCCACGGCCCCGGGUUCGACUGGGCUCAGAGAUCAAGGACUCCAUUGUUUGAGGAACGUGACUGAGACGGAAAAGAGGAAGAUGAAGCAGUUAGAUUGUGAAUGGAAAUGGAGUGGUGUGAUGAAAGAACAUUGGGGGGAAAAAGGAGAAAGACACACUGGAAGGACUCAAAAAACUCAUCCGCAGAUGGACCACUCAUAACACCUUUAUUUUAUUUGCACUCCUCCUCUCCCCUCCCCCACUCCCCCGUCCGUUUUGUGCGGAUGGUCUAUGUGAUGAAUUUCCACUCAGUCACUGCCAGUUCUCCGAUUGCACUCGAGACAUAGCUCAGACGGACAAAGACUAUGAAAAGCUGUGCGACGAUGCUCGCGGAGAAGAGAAAAAUGGGUAACAUGCCUUGCUUAGGACAUGUUUACCGACAGUUGUCGGAUAAUUCAGGUGUGUUUCUGCCCAGUCCGUCCGAAUGAACUGUUGGCAUCGCUGCGGGAGUAAGAAGAUGCCCUCAGGGUUCACCAGCCAGCUACUUUACCAUCCAAACUAUUAGAAAACUAACUCUACCACUCACCGACUGGGCAGUCUAUUACAGAUCGAACCAGUGGUCAGUGGUACGGAUAUCUAUAGAUACGCUUACUUCUAAUGUCAAGCUAGAAGAAAGUAAAUAGGUACAAUAUGAAAAAAAAAGCUUUGAAUAUGCCCAUAUGACACAAUAUACGACAGACCCUUGUCUUAUUAUCGUUGACACAGGGAAGGCAUACUAUGCAAAGCACAAAAUGUGAAGUAGAAAAAGGAGUAUGAACUACUAGACAGUUAGCACAAAGCUGUCCAAAUAUAGCCAGUGGUAGCAGUAUACUCCUCAGUAUUUCUUUUCAGACACACUGAACACACAUACAGUCAAGUAUGCACGUGACACUGAGCCAUGUGAGCACACAGCUAUGAAAUACCACUCAUGUAAACCAUGCGUAGAGGGCAGUCAAUAUAGAAAUGGGUCCACAGAAGGCGAGAAAAGCAGCUUUGUAGUCAGAGAAGGGCGAUGCACUGUUUGGGCAUAGACACAGAAUAGAGGCGAGAGGAUGACACAGGACGAAACAGUGUGACAGGAAGUGUGAAUUCCUGUAAGGAUUCAGCCAGAGAUCUUCCUUUGGGUUGCCACAGAUAACUCUUCCGACUGACUAGUGGAGAAUGAUCGCCCGAUGAGAAUGUGGCUAACAGAGCCAGCAGAGGUGACCAACAUUCUCCUGAGUUUGUUUACAUAACCAAAACUGCAGUCUGAUGUGCCAAAAUGAAAAAAAAAACAAAAAAGAUUGGUGUUAUACUAAUGCAGUAAAUGUGGCUUGUUUAGUCUCUCACAGGUCUAGACCAUGGCACAAGCAGUCUACAACAUAAAACAGACCUCAAUAAGUUUAUAACUGAAACAAAAGUGACUGACCAUUCUUAUGAUCAUCCAGUCAGAAAAAAAAAAAAAAACAGGCAAACUGAGUCACUUGCAUCUUGACAGAAUGAGAAUAUUCUCGUGCACAUAUUUGUGGAAGCUUUGCUAGGUUUUAAAAGAGUUUAAUAUCUGCAAGACCACGGCUCCAGAAACAUUUUGUUGAACUAGCACAAUUGUUUCCCCCUUGCGUUAACAGUACCGCGAAAAAAAAACUGCCAUAUUUUAACACAAUAUUGCAGUCAAAGUAUCAGAUUGCUUAUUUUGACGGAAUAAAUAAGGAGGACGCGGGACAUAAUUUAGUUUCCAUCAGCCUUUUCAUUCCUCCCAACAGAGUCAGAGCAACGUACACUGACCACAGAUAAGUCAUCAGCAGAAUGCAAUAGAGAUUCCAUUGUUGUGGUCACAUGGGGAAAGGAGCAAUAGGACAAAACUGACAUCUGAAUAAUAUAGAAUGUGUUGCAAACACUAACGUUCUGCUGUAUUGUCCAGGUUAUUAAAAGUCGUAAACUGACAGUUCAGUAGAGCCGUGAGACUAGUGACUGCCUUUAAUCUCUCUCUGUCUCUCAUACCCUCCUCCUUAAUUAGUCAUAAUCAGUGUGACCUAAAAAAAAAUCCAAGUCACAUUUCAUUUUCCAAAGAGGUAUAUCAUGUAUUGCACCAUUGUGUGGACUUAACUGAGUGUAAACUUAAUUGACGGAGGUCUUUUGAUUAUGUGACAUCGGUAUUGUGGAAUGUAGAAAUAAGUUGACUGAGAGUACUCCAAAACUAUUCUUUAAGUAAAACAUUGUGUCUUAUUUAAAUUAAGCCUAGACGUUUGUAUAAGGGACUUCUCAUUUUUACAUGUUUUGACAAAAUGGCUCUGCUAAAAGCAUAAUACUGCUUAUGAACUGUCAUUGUGGUCACAUGUAUAUAUGUACAUUUGUAUUGAAUAAGAGGGAGUAGGUGACGUGAUUUUUAAAGGACUGACAGUGUGGGGACAGUGAACAGCGUGGGGCUGCUUUUUAUCCAGAAUGCAAUGGAUUUGCACAGAAUGUUGAAAAGCCUUUUUUGUUUGUUUUGUUUUUUGUUUUGUUUUUUUUGUUUUUUUUCCUUUAAUGGCUUCAAGCAACAUUUUGUGAAUCAAAAGUUGUGUCUAUUGGAAUGUCAAAUGUAUGCUACUAGCCUUGUGACGAUACACAAUCACUUUUGUGACUAGAGAGCAGACCUCGCCUACAUACCAGCUAUGUUGUGUUAGACUGUAGAAUUCAACUGGGCAUGCUCAAAAAUCGUAUCUAAUAAUCUAAAAACACAGAGCAGAUGCCUUACAACUGUGGCCAGUAACUGCAAAACUUCUUUGUCAAAAUGACUUCUUUUCUUUUAUUUUAGUGUUGACCAUAUCUUAAAAAAAAAAGGUUGCAAACCACUGUAUAGUGAAUGGUUGUCUAUAUGACAAUUCACCACUAGGUUAUGUCUCUACUGUGCUCAAAUGCCUCAAAGAGAUCCACAAAGCUACCCUCACAUAGAACUCAAACACACACACACACACACACACACACACACUCUCUCUCUCACAGUUUGGAAGCACAGUAGACUUAAUGUAUUAAUAUUUAAAAUAUAUGCCUAUAUAACUUGCUAUUUAAAAAAUAUUCUCCAAGGUACGUAAAAGAACAUUUUAGGUGAUAAGAAAAGUCUAUCCAAAUGCUUUUUUUUUUGGUAUCAUUACUGCUGAAUCACAUGGACUAUUCAGUAAAUGUAUUUCUGUUUUGUCACAGUGCUGGGCUGCUUUACAGGCUUAUAGGAGUUUGAUCAGAUAUCUUACCCAAUCACAGGAAGGAAGCUCCUUUCAAACACUCCAGUGAAAUUUGUUCUUUAAAAAGGUUUGCCAAGUGUGUCUGACUUAUUGUUGACGUCUUGUAAACUUUUCUGUAAAGGUGUAUUUGUAAAUUGAGCUGCC